AAGAAGCAGAAGACGAAAAAAAUAUGUGCAAGCAAAUCUCGCAAAAUAAAAUGAAAUUUGCAGCACUUGUCGUGUGUGAAAUGUGAACCCAGAGUUCACUAAGCAAUAAUAAGACAAUAAUCAGCAUUUUAGUGUUUAUUUCGAGAUCUAAAACAACCACUAAAUCGCCAUAAAGAUGAAGCGAAAAUACGAAAAUUGCGAGCUGCAGCAGAGGCAGCAACAAAAACGCUAUUUGUUGUAGAUGUACAUAUGUAUAUAUUUAUAUAUAUGCAAAUCUAUACAUAAUAAAGAAGUCUCCGGCAGAGAAUUGGGUGCGCGAUAAUAAUAAAUAAUAAUAAUUAAUUCAAAGUACGAAGGCGCGCGAGCGAAAGAAAAGAGACGACUGAAAAAGAGGCGCGAAAAGUUCGCAACAAAAUGGUUGUCUCCAAAGACAACAACAAGCGUCGCCGUAAGGAGACGGAGACGCCUCCACCGCCACCUCCCGUCCCGCCCACUGCCUCCACAUUGGCUCCACCAUCGGCGGUGGCGGCCAUCGAGUCGUCCCCCGAAAUGCCUAAGAGAACGAAGGUGCAGGCACAACGCAAGUUCGCCCAGGGUCAGAGUGCGCCAAGUAGCUCCUCGAGCAUUGCCUACAGCGCAGCAGCAGCGGCAGCUGGUUCCGGAUCCGGUCCCAGCACAUCAGGAGCGGAUAACUCCCAGCCGCCUAUCGAAAUCCUGCCCAACAAGUGUCCCAAGGCUCAGGAUUUUCUCACCUUUCUCUGUUUUCGUGGCACGUCGGCGCUGCCCGCUCACUUGGAUUUCCUCAACCAGGGCAAGUCCAAAGAUGCGGAGGCAACUUCAACGGGAGCCAACAAUAAUAAUAAUGCCAAAAAGGCCAACAACAGUAGACCUGGCUUGACAGCCAACAAAAAGAAGCGGGGACGUCCUGCCAAAGGAACAGCAAAGAAAGUGGAAGCGGUGGACCCAGUACCCGAUCCCACUGAGAAGCCCUCAACAGCAAAUAAAGCAGCCAGUGAUAAAAUCAAUCUCAUUGCAACAGGAUUGCCAGAAACUCCUUCGUCAACGCCUAUUCCUGUGCUGCCAGGAGCGGUGCGAAAACGAGCGGAGAUUGUCACCGAUGGUAACCGACGAGGAGCAAGAGGCAGGGGUCCAGCCAGUGCAGGUGUUACUCCGGAAAAGAUGGUAGCAUCGGGAUCAUCCAACGACAACAAGCGCCGUUCUAACCGCGCCAGCACUAAGGAAAGUAAACCUAUUAUUGAUGAUGACCAUUCAGACGAUCUCGAAGAACACGAAGCAGACGAUGAUGAAGAUGAGUUCUUUUCCGCUCACGAUGCAUCCUCACGUAAUGGCGAGGAGGUCAAGGUAGACAGUCCCGUGAAAGUAGAACCAACAAAGCGGGGGCGACCCUUGGGUGGGAAGAAAGCCGCCGAGCAGACACCUGAAUCCCAGACAGUUUUAAAGGACAAGGCUCCCGUAAAGCGUGUUAGACAACGGGAGUCACCUAUUUUUAUCCCCUCGCCAGAGUCUUCUGGCCGCAUGACAAGACAGCGGGCUUUUUUUGAGCCCGUCAAGGUUCCGCCGCACCAGGAGGAACCUACAACCCAGGAGCCGCCAAAAGAUGAGCCCAAAAAAGAACCUGAACCGCCACCAAACAAACCGGAAAGGGAGAAGGAGCCUGCUAAGCAGAUAAAGGAAGCCAAGGAGAAAACGAAUUCCAGUAUUUAUGCCAAAGAAGCCAAGCAGCAGCUGGAAAAUGGAGACAGUCAGCAUGAUGCCGGAGCCAAGGGCAAGAAAAGUCUAAAUGUCUUCGAUUUCAGUUCAGAUGAUGAGCAGCCGCUGGCCAAGUCCAUAAAGUUAAAAAAGGGCGGCAAAGGGGCAAGUCCCAAAAAAGGUUCGGUUGCUGCAGCUCCACCUGCGGCUAGAAAUCGCAAGGCGGCAGCAAGAAAGCUAGAGAAGGAAAAGGAACUUGAAAAGGAGAAGCUGGAAAAAGAAAAAAAGGAAAAGGAAAUAGAAAAAGAAAAAGCAAAGGAAAAAAGGGACAAAGAGAAGGAGAAGGAAAAGGAGCCAGUCCCUGAAAGCAAAGUAGAAGAGCCACCCAGUGGCGGAAAAAGAGGGAAAGCUGGUAAAAAGAAAGCAGAAGAUGCUCCAACCGAUGAGCAGGAGUUGGCGCCACCCUCCUCAAAGAAAGUUGCCAUUAAUGCCCGCAAGCAAAAAAAAAGCAAGGCUUCGGAGGACUCGGUAGAAUUAGAGCCUCAGCGAUCGCAGCGCCCCUCACGCAAAACUAAGGAAGCCGCGGCCAUCUACAUGGGCAUCAUUGGUCACAAACUGCAGCUAGCUGAUGACGAGGAGGAUGACCUGUCAAUGAGCAGUUUUCCUGACAUACCCAAUGUUAAGGAGAUGGAGAAAAUGGAGAACGAGAUCAAACGUAAUGCGGCGGGAAAGUUAAACGUGCCGGAGGCCACGACGGUGCCUUCGGCAGGCAAAUCAUCCCGUAAGCCGUCGCCCAGACCCAAGGAUUCCCCAGCAACUGCUCCGAUAGAAGCUUCCCGUGAUGAGUCCCCCUCCCCACCAGAAGCCGAGGAGGAGAAACCACCGCCCCCAGCUCGACGUGGACGUCCGCCUAAGCAAAGCAAGGCACCGGCCGCCCCACUUCCCAAACCACCCAUCGAGGGAAUGCUGGUAAAGAAGGGCUCCCUGGCCAAGAUUUCUGAGCAACAGGUCAAGCCCAAAGCCAAGUCCGAACAUUCAAAAGUCGACUCCGACGAGGAGGAGGACUUUCUCAUCAACGAGGAAUUAAACGAAACAAAACGCAAGUUGGAGAAGAGCUUCAGUGACUCCGACGAUGAACCGCUGGCCAUUAAAGUGCCGGUGGUUGCGGCCAAAGAGAAAGAAGUAUCGCCACCGAAAAUGCCCAGUCCACCGCCCAAAUUGGUAGCGAUUCCAUCGCCCAUUUCUGUUCCCACGCCGUUGGUUUCGGUUGCUCCUGCGCUGACCGUGCCCAGUAUACCACCGGUCACAACCAGCACCACCCAGCUGACCAUGCUCCCUUUGACAGCUAAAGCUACUCCAACUCUGGGUACUAUCCCGAUGUUUCCCAGCAUGGCAAGUUAUUCACCGCUCAAAACCAUGGAAAAAAAGCCGCCGGUGCCCACGUCCAAGAUUCUGAACGUACCCGCCACAUAUGCGCUUCCGGGAAGUACCAGUGGAGCUGUAAGCUUCCAGAAGACUUCCUCGUAUUUGCCGCAGGCUUCUCCACACUACCAUUCCGGCUAUGUGCGCCCACCACCGACCCCCACCCAUCAGUUUGGUGGUGGAGCACCUUCUGGGAGUAAAACUCCUGCGCAGGGCACUUCGCCGUUAAAGUAUCAGACGCCACCCACCACAUAUCCGCCACCCAUUGAGGCAUAUCAGUGCCCCAAGAUUAAUCCAAACUUUCUGACGCCCAAGUAUGAGCGAAGCCCACUGCCUAGAUCAUCGACCAGCAGCUUUCCAAGCCCAUCGCCAGUAAAGUUUCUACCUACAUCGGGAACCACUGCGACCACCAUAGGCACACCCUCGUCUGCCACUAAGAGCCCUUUGGCACCACCGCCACCAUCUCCGCCAGUUAGCCAAGUUGUGAUCCAAACAUCCAGCUUGAAUCUUAGUAUGAGUAUAGCAGCUACAGUUAAUGCAGCACCAAUGGCCGUGGCUUCCACGUCAACAUCAGCGGCCCAUCAGGCGUCAGUUGGAGUCACAGUAACAGCUACGUCUACGCCACCACCGGCGCACAGCAAUAGUGCAGGAGCGGGAGGAGGAGCUGGUGCAAAUUCCGAUCCUUUAAAGGAAGAGAUUGGGAGUAUCCUGGCGCAGGCCACUCUGAUGCCCAGCAAGGAGGAAUCGGGCAAGAUCUUCGGAAUUGCGAGCGUGAGUUUGGCCCAGAGUUCCGGACCAGACAACACAAAGUGCACCUUGGGCAAGUGUGGAUCCAUUCAUAAGCCUGUGUUGGGACCAGUCGUGCCCACGGAGGGCUACUUCGGCGACCAGUUGUCCAGUAAGGAGCGGCGCAAGGCGAAGGUGAACAUGACGCACGAGCAGAUCCAGAAGUGGCUCAUUGAAUGCUCAUCUAAUCCUGAUGAAAUUCAAGAUGAUUUGGACGAUGAUUUCGAUGAUAGUUUAAGGCCUCAACAAUCUACUACUCCGCCCCCAACGAGAGAUGAUAAGGAACUAAGUGCAAGCUUCAGUUCAUCAUCGAAAAAUACGCGCGGUGAUCUUGGCAAGAGUGAGAGUGCUUGGUCGGCCAAAGGACCAUCUCUGAAAGCCACGCCUGUGCUGGUCACACCGCCCAGUCGCAAGGAGCAGUUAGAGCAGUCGGAAAGCAAGGACUGCGACGCUUUGGACUACGACAAAUCCUCAACACCUGUUAAUCUUACGCAGAAGAAUGCAUCCAAUGAUUCAGCGGCUCUUGAGAAGAAGAUUAACGAUCGGAAGGGAAAAGAUUCGGUCAAGGGUCCUGCAUCCAAAGCUGCAACACAGCCAAGAAGUGCUGCUGCUACUCCUCCAACACCAAUUUCUUCUACACCCACUCCUGCAUCUCUCACUCCAUCUAAGAGCAGUCCCACUCCGCCUCCAGCCAUUAAGCAAAAACCGGAGAAGGGAAAGAGAAAUGCCAAUUCCGGAGGAGGUGCGGCUGCUAUAGCUUCUCCGCCCGCUGCACCAACUCCACCAAAUCCCAAGCGAACUCCUGUUUACAAUCAAAAGAACGCCAAGGGACAGCAACAACAGGUGGAAACCAAGACAGCAGUUAACAGCAGUCCUAGCGCAGCAGGAGCUAAAAAGGAAUCGGUAUAUGCCUUUGGCAAGGAGGAAGAGGCUGGCACCAAGCCGGGCAAUCGUCGACGCGCAGAUCCCAGUCCAGCGCCUGCACCAGCUACAGUGCCAAAUGCGAUCAGUGAGCGAUCUCCAACCAAAAAAAGAGCAGCAGCAGCUGCGGCAGCCACUGCUGUUCAACUAACACUGAGUCCAACGGAGAACUGUAAGAUCGAAAGCAAACCGAAGGUGGCAACUGGAAGAGGAGCCAAAAAGCAACAACAGCAAGCUUCGGCUCCGCCAGCAGCACCUGUUGAAGCCAGCGGGGAUUCCGAUGCUGAGGGCGCUACCUUUUACAUACCCCUUCAAGGAGCUGGUGUGGGAGGCAGCGGUGAUGGCGGUAUCCAAGGAGUUGCAGUAAAACUUGGAAGAGAGGGUCCCGAUGGUCCCAAUCAAAAGGUGGUGAUGCAGGCCACUUUGGUGACCAAGGCACAGAUGGAUACCAACUCAAAACCGCUGCCAGAGUCGCUCAAUACCAACGAGCUGGUAAAGACUUUGCUUCAUGCGGCCAGCAAUGAUGCGGCCUCAACCACGACAAGCCUCAAAAGCUUGCCCAAGGCGAGUACUUCAGCAGCAGCCGGAGCAGGAACUGGGGCUGGUGCAUCCAGUCUAGUGCGUGUAAACUCGAACUCCUCGCUUUUCUCUGGAUCGGCUAAAUCCCGUACAGCUGCCCAGACAAGUUCCACAGCAGCAGCCGUGGCCAAAAAGUAUAAGGAUGAUACACCCAUUAAAAUGGCAAAUAAUACAGCUUUUCCACGACACGAUGAUCCAACUCAAAUGGUGGAAGCGCCUAUAUUCCGACCCACAGAGAAGGAGUUUGCCGAUCCUAUUGAGUUCAUCGAGCGGAUCACACCAAUAGCGGCAAGGUUUGGCAUUUGUAAGAUCAUUCCGCCAGCUAGCUUUAAGCCAGAGUGCCGGAUCUCAGAUGAAAUGCGGUUCACCGCCUACAAUCAGUAUGUGCACAAGAUGCUCCACCGCUGGGGACCGAGUGCUAAGGAGCUGAGUGCAAUUAAGAAAUACCUAGCUACUCAGAGCAUUGUAAUGAAUCAUCCUCCUUGGAUUGGUGGAAUGGAGGUGGAUCUGCCACGAUUGUAUCAUACGGUCCAGGAGCUGGGAGGCCUUAAGGAAGUAAUCGAAAAGAAGAAGUGGGCUCGCGUGGCAGAGGAAAUGUGCAUACCCAAGCUGGCUCAAGAUAGGGUGACCAAGCUGGAUGACAUAUACUGCAAGUACCUGUUACCCUACGAUACGUUGUCGCCGGCAGAGCGCCAGAAGCUCUUUGACGAGGUCGAGGCGGACUGGGCAAAACGGGAGGCACGAGCACGUCGGAAUGCUGAUCGUUUCGUUAACACGGAGAGCGUGUCCAACGAGGAGGAUGAUUUAAGCAGCGAUGAGGACGAAGAGUCUGAGGAGGAAAUCGACGGUGUGUCAAUGGAAUGCAUUGUGAAGGGUAGGAGUAUGCCUCUCAGCCAGUUCUACAGGAUUGCUCGUAACACGAUGGCAUUGUGGUUCAAAAGCACUGAUCCCACAGUUAACGAGGUAGAAGCAGAGUUCUGGCGUCAUGUGGCCGUGCGUGAUAGCCAUGUGUGCGUACAUUCGGGAUCUAUCGACAGCUCGGGCUGGGGCUAUGGUUUUCCUAGUCCGGGUCCCAAAGGAAAAGGUUCUAACUAUGCCAGGCAUCCAUGGAAUCUAAAGGUAUUGACCAACAAUUCUGGUUCCGUGCUGCGUUCCUUGGGUCCGGUCAUGGGCGUCACCGUUCCCACACUUCAUGUGGGCAUGCUCUUUUCUGCUUGCUGCUGGUACAGAGAUCCCCAUGGUCUGUCCUGGAUUGAGUACCUUCACACUGGUGCCUCCAAGUUGUGGUACGGUAUACCGGAUGAUCAGAGCGCGAAUUUCCGAUCAGCCUUGACGUCGCUGAUCCCGACGCACUGCCAGAACAAGACUAUUUGGUUGCCCUGUGAUACUGUAAUGGUGCCACCGCACAUGCUGACGGAUCGAGGAGUUUCUCUGUGCCGCAUUGAGCAGAAGCCAGGCGAGUUUAUUGUUGUAUUCCCACGGGCUUAUACCUCGAGCUUGGCCACGGGUUAUGUAGUCUCAGAGAGCGUUUAUUUCGCCACAAUGUCAUGGCUGGAUUUAGCCAAAGAUGAUUUCAGGGACAUCCAUGAAAGCUGCGAGCCAGCAAUGUUCUCGCUGGAGCAACUACUGUUUGCCUUGGGCUAUGACCAGCGUGUCAACUCCGAUGCUCUGCAUCAAAUGUUGCCAAUGCUUAAUGAUGUUUGCGAAAAGGAAUCCGCAGCCAGAGAACAGCUUAGGGCUGCUGGCGUGACAUCUACUGAGAAAGUGCAGGCGGAAAAGGGCCAAAAGGCCAAGAAGCAACAGCAACCGCCAUACAAGUCCAUCGAAAGCGAAUGCGACCUGUGCCGCGCCAACUUGUAUAUAUCGAUGGUGCGCACCGAGGAUGGAAACAUCUAUUGCCUGCAGCAUGCGCUGAAAAACCUCAACAACGGCAACAUUCAGGCCAAGCAAUGCAAGCUAAUCUAUGCGUACAACGUGGAUGAUAUACAACAGCUUAUACGCCAACUGCAGGAGAAGAUCAACCACAAGGCGGCGGUGAAGAAAAAGUAGCAUCGUCGGCGUCGUUACUAAUCGGCGGCGCAAGUAAGAUACAGCCACAGAUACGGAUAAGAAUAUGGAUUAGGAACUCCGCGCUGAUGUACAUAUAAAAAUGUGUAUACGUAUGUGAUUCGCCAUCUCUAGUAAGCUGCUAAUUGAUAAUUGGGUGAAAUGUAGUAAUGACUUCGAUUUGGACGUAUUUAUGGAGCCAUGGGACGCAGCGACUCACAAACAUUUAUAUUUAUGCAACGUUUAUCUCCCAGUUGAUUAACUGACACUAUACUAACUGUAUGAUAAGAGCGUAGGAACGGAUAUAGAGAUGUAAAAGAUUACAUUUCAACGUGGCAAUGCUUUCAAUUUUGACUAGUUUAUACAUUUUAACAAUAAGGAGUUUGCAAUGAUUUUUGUUUUCCAUUUGGUUUUUUUGUUAUGCAAUAUGUACCCCUCCCCGAAAAUGUUAUUAACCCGUACUUGUGUUAUUGUAUAUAGAGAGCAUAGUGUAUGUACGUAGUUAGCUUACGGAUUAAGUCAGAGACCCUCAAAGAAACCAUGCUAACGUGUUGCAAUUUCUACUUCCUUUUAUACGCUAAGAUAACGAGUAAUUACGAUAGUAUCAUAGAACCUUCACAGCCCAGAUAUCGACCACAAUAGAGCGGUAGUUUUAACACUAACAAUAGCAAGAGACCGUUCCUGGAUGGUUCUCCGCCAACUAACGAACUAAACAAAAGCCAGAGUUACUAUCGAUGACUGCAGUUGUGAAGUGGGAUAUCCCAAACCACACUGUUCAUUCAACCAAAAACGAUAUAGACGAAAUCCAUCAAGGACAGGCGAUUGCAAUUGCAUAAAUGAGAACUUUUCACUAGAUGUUCAAUGUAUUUAUAUAGUAGUAAUACAAUAUUUAAGUAACAAGUGCAACAAUAAAUCUUAACGCGAUGUAUCGAA